GUUGCAUAAUGUAGAGAUAAGAACAUGACAGAGGAGUUUGUUUGACAACGCAAAUCACAAGCGAUGAAACAUUUGUUAGAGCUAUUGAUUUUUGUCGUCGUUGUAUCACAAUAUUCAACUCUUGGAAGGAGAAUAGUAGAGAGAGAAGAUGUAAAUACCCCUGCGACUCUGGGUGCGGAUGGGGUCGAGAUUGAAAAAGGAGGAGGAUUCCCUCCGUACAACUACACGGAGCCUAACGAAUCAGAAGACGAUGGACAGGUAGACUUCGACCUUGACGCGACUACGACAACCACGACCGUCGCGACGACCACCACGAUCACCACGACCAUCACCCUAGAGCCUGAGGCACUAGAGGAUAUCGACCACUCGCCAGUUGUGGACCAUUUCUCGGAAACUGACCAAAAGAGCAAAACUGUACCAAACUCAAAAUUGGGUGGGAGAUAUAAACACCAAGAAAGUGUGUCUACUUUUAAACACUUGAAAAAAAGAAUAAACGCAGAAAUGUUCAAGAUGUACAGAUACAUGCCGCUUGUCCAAAGUUUCACGUGGUUAAGUGGCGUGUUUGCUGUGUUGACUGUAUUGUUUAAAAUACACGAAGUAUAUCUGAGUUGA